GAAAUGAGAUGCAACAUGAUCCUGCGGUCUCUUGAACUAGCUCUGAGGUUCAUUAGCUGGGAAGAAAGUUCGAUUAUCAUGUGAUCAUAGAAGGUUCGCGCGGGUUCGCGUAGCCGCUUAUCUUAUCAGUGCCGACAAUCGAAAGCUCCAGAGGCAUCUGGGGUCCUCCAGCACCAUCGCUAUCCUACCUAGCAUCCACCAGAAUGCUCGGUUUGCUUCUGGAUGACGGAUAAACAUGGAUAAUGGCGCAUUCUAGAUGUCCACAACCUGGGAAAUAAAAUGAUGGAUUGUAACCAGCUCAAUCCCCCCGUAUAUACUCUGAAAUCCACAUUCUCAACGUGAGCUCAAUCGUUGCUAUUCCCAUCAAGCAUACAAACCACAACAAUAUUCCUGUCUUUUUCAGAAUCAAUUGAACUACCCCCACGCUCAUCAUUCUUGAAAGCAUCAAACAAUGGCUUUUUUCCCUCGAUUCACUGGUGACUUUGCGCCAUUGUUCCAACUUUUGGAUGACUACGAUGUGCACCGUUCCAGUCGCCCCAAGAGCAGAAAAACCACACCGGUCCGCUCCUUCACCCCGAAAUUUGACGUUUACGAGGUGAACGAUGUAUAUCACCUUGAUGGUGAGUUGCCGGGAGUCGAGCCAAGCAACAUAGAGAUCGAAUUCGCCGAUCCACACACCCUUGUCAUCAAAGGUCGUGUUAAGAACGACGUGCCGUCUCCUCGGACGACGGCUCCAACUUCAGCCACAAAGUUACACCAACCAACAGUCGAAGACGAGGAUGAAAUUGAAGAGAAGGAACCGGCUGGCUCCUCAGACAACCGUUCCGCGCAGCGGGUCGGACAGAAGCAACCCGAGCCGACUUGCAAGUACUGGCUUUCCGAGCGCCAGACUGGCGAGUAUUACCGAACGUUCAACUUCCCCACGAGAGUGCAUCAGGAUGCAGUCAAGGCCAAUUUGACAAACGGCAUAUUGUCUCUACUGGUCCCCAAGGAGCCUGCUCCUCAAGUCAAGAAGAUCCGCCUCGAGUAAAGCAGCGUAUGAUCAGACUAUGAUUCAUUCACACUCGGGUUUUACCUAUCUAUCUCCGCCUUUCGAUAUUUUCCAGUCGAGCUUAUCUAUGACUGUCGCGGAUUCGCGGUCUUCUGUCAGUUCACUAAUGACAUGAAUGUCUCUUAAUUCGGUGGGGUUCACGGUCGGGAGUACAUGGGUUGAUUGUUCGAUUCCUUUUUCCCCUUUCUUGUCAGAUCUGUAUUAUAAAGUCCUCAUGAGAUGAUGGAUGUUGAAUA